AUGGAUUUCAAAGGUGAAGACACUCGCAAGACGUUCACUGACCACCUCUACACAGCUUUAAAGCAUAGAGGAUUUCGCACCUUUAGAGAUGAUGACGAGAUUGAAAGAGGAGAAACUAUUAAGUUUGAAUUGCAUAAAGCAAUUCAAGAGUCGAGGAUUUCAAUAGUUGUCUUCUCAAAAAACUAUGCUUCUUCGAGCUGGUGUCUUGAUGAACUUGUAAUGAUCCUCAAACGUAGAAGGACUACUGGGCAUGUAGUGCUACCUGUCUUCUAUCACGUGGAUCCAUCCCAUGUGAGGAACCAAAUGGAAAGUUUCGAAGAAGCAUUCACGAGGCAUGAAGAGAGAUUCCAUACAGAAGGGGCUGAAAAAAAAGAUGAAUGGAAAGGCAAGAUACAAGACUGGAGGGCAGCACUCAAAGAAGCUGCAGAUUUAGCAGGGAUGAGUUUACAAAAUCAAGUUGAUGGGUAA